GACCUUAAUCACCGGCCUUCGAUUCCCAGAUAAUUUCAUCAAGAAGCUUCUCUGACAUCGGCUUCCAUUGCACCUCUGUUGUUUCUCUCCCUCCGUCAAGAGUAAGACGUGUGAAUCUCGCUCUGUUUGGAUCCUCCAUCGUUGCGGAUCCUUUCUUUUUCCAUUUCUGAUCAGCUUUUGGCUUUUUCACAUCCUCCACCUUGAAUUCAGGGAUGAAUUCGAAUUAUGGUAAACCCAAUCAAACGAGCGCUUCCUCUGCCUCAGUCAAAAACUUGAAUUUCGACUUCGAUCUCGGGAUCGGAUCCAAUCGACCCAAAUCUCUGAACGAUCAGAAAAACCAGAAAUCGACCCAUACAUUUUCUACUUCUUCUUCUUCGUCUUCAUAUUCAUCCGCGCAGCCCAGACCCUCGUGGCAACCCAACAAGCCAUCAUGGACUCACCAGCCUGUACCAAAUCUGGCAAAUCAGUCUGGAUUGCCUGGUGGCCCCACUUCCAUGGUGGGGGAUAUCUCUGGUAAGAGUUGGGGAUCUACACAACCGUCGGGUUCUAGUUCGACCAUCGGAAUUGUUGAUAAAAACCCUAAUCUCUUUGGAGAUUUGGUGAGCUCUGCAAUCGGACAGAGUUCUAAGAGUAGCAAUAAUACUCCCAUAAAAUCGAUUCCUGCCUCUAAGGCAUCAGGUACUACAACGAACAAAAGCUCCUUUUCGAUGGGAAAUAUGGCGGAUGCUUUGCCUAAAACCAGUAACACGACGGCAAGUAGUGGAAGUUGGGGAUCUUCCGGGUACAAUAAUACUAGCAUGGGCACUAAUAAGAGCCCAAAUCUUGGUGGUCCUUCAAUGCGAAAUAUGAAUAGUGGUAGUUCAGCUGGAAGUGGAAUGAAUGUUAAUAGAGAUCCAUUCAGCUCUUUGGCUGGAUUUGGAUCAAAACCAUCUGGUAGUCUUAAUUCAGCUGGAAUGGCCACAAAAAAUAAUAAAGCCGAGGAUGAUGGUUUUGGAGACUUCCAGAAUGCCUCCAAACCAGGCCCUACCGCAUUCCCAUCAAGUAGUUCUGCUGCAGAGAAUUUCAGUUUUCCAGGAUCUACCAAUUUGAAUCAGAGCCCUGUGCAGACAUCUGCUGGUGGUGACCCUAUAGACAUCUUAUUCUCAUCUUCCUCAGCUACGGCUGGAAGUGCUACUGCGACUUCGGAAGCAUUUGCAGGAAAUUCAUCUUCUGAAAUUGAUGACUGGGGUUUGGAUUCUGAAUUUGGUGGAGGAGGACAUGAUGUGGGUGGUACAACCACUGAGCUUGAAGGGCUUCCACCUCCCCCUGCUGGGCUAUCGGGUUCUACAGCAAAAGGUAAAGGGAUGGACAAUUACAAGCAAGGUCAGUUUGCAGACGCUAUUAAGUGGUUAUCUUGGGCCAUCAUCCUUCUUGAGAAAACGGAGGAUAAUGCUGGUAUGGCAGAGGUGUUGUCAUGCAGAGCCUCAUGUUACAAAGAAGUUGGAGAGUAUAAAAAAGCAGUGGCCGAUUGUACAAAGGUACUAGAAAAUGAUGACACAAAUGUAUCUAUAUUGGUGCAACGUGCUCUCUUGUAUGAGAGCAUGGAAAAGUACAAGCUUGGUGCGGAAGACCUGAGGAGUGUUCUGAAGAUUGAUCCUGGUAAUAGGGUUGCAAGAAGUACCAUUCAUCGGCUUACAAAGCUGGCUGACUAGAAUCAUUUUAUUUUAGGCUACUCCAUUUUUUUUUUUUUCAAUUUCUAUAUAUAUAGUCACAUCUUUUCACCCCUUAGCCAUGAUUUUUGGGGUUGAUAGUAAAGUUUAUCUCUCAGUGAACGGAUUGUAUUUAUGAUUGUCGCCCAUCAUAUUAUUUUUGUGUGUGGAAUCUCAUUUAACUUGAAUUUAAUACUUAGUAAAUCAAACUUUUUUUUACAUUUGUAAUGACAUAUUCUUUUCCUCGUCAUGCUCUUUGAUAUGUAUUUUUAAUUGUCUUUUUAAGACUAUGUAGAUAGAAAAUUAAUGAAUUCCUUUUCCAGAGUGCACUUGAGCA